AAUCAUUUUGAAAACGGCAAUCAUGGUUUCAAUAUUACUUCAAGUUCUUAGUAAAUUUAUUUUUGGGUUCGUUGUGUUGAAUAUAAUUUUUAGUGGACGCUUCAUCCAGACACAAACAGUGAAUUUAACAAAUAUUUCAAAUUUGAAUUUGAUUGAUCAGUUCAUAAAUAAUGUCACUAUAAAUUCAACUUUCACGGAAAAAAUUGGAAUUGUGGAUUGGAUACAUGAAUUAUUUGGAAGACCAACAACCGAACCACCGGAUCUAUUUAAUGAACCAGCAAAUUGUUCAACCCCAUGCAGAUGUGGAAUAGCAAAUACAAAAAAUCGUAUAAUUGGUGGCCAAGAAACAAAAGUUAAUCAAUAUCCUUGGAUGGCAUUGUUAAUGUAUGGAGGACGAUUUUAUUGUGGCGGAUCUUUGAUAAAUAAUCGUUAUGUGUUAACUGCAGCUCAUUGUGUCCAUGGUUUCAGAAAAGAGCGUAUUUCCGUUUUAUUUUUAGAACACGAUCGAUUCACAAAAAAUGAAACUCAAACAAUUAGUCGUAAAAUAAAGCGUAUUAUUCGACAUGAAGCAUACAGCACAUUAAAUUACGACAGUGACAUUGCAUUAUUAAAAUUAGACGAAGAUGUUGAAUUUUCUGAAUUAUUUCGACCCGUAUGUUUACCAGAAUUGGGUCGUAGUUUCACCGGUAUAGAGGGAGUGGUUACUGGUUGGGGUACAGUAGAACAGUAUGGUGAUUUAGCUGUGAAAUUAAAUGAAGUAACUGUACCUAUUAUGUCGAAUAAAGAAUGUAGAAAAACUGGAUAUGGCGAAAAACGUAUUACUGAGAAUAUGUUAUGCGCUGGCUUCCCAGAAGGAGAAAAAGAUGCGUGCCAAGGAGAUAGUGGAGGACCAUUACAUGUAGUCAAUAACACGAUUCAUAGCGUUGUAGGGAUUGUAUCAUGGGGUGAAGGAUGUGCACAAAAGAAUUAUCCUGGUGUAUAUACAAGAGUGAAUCGUUUUAUUACAUGGAUUAAAGCGAAUACAGUCGAUGCGUGCUAUUGUCAUGAUCAAACUUAUUUACAUAAAAUAUGAAUUAUUUUUAUUCUAUUUAUAAAUUAAAUCGGCUCUACUUGCACAAGCGAACGAGAUUGUCCCAUCAAAGGAAGAAAUGCUGGAAAUGAUAAGAAGUGUUCAAAAUUGGCAUAGGCUUAAACAUUGAAAGAUAGUUUAUUUUCCAAAGAUUAACGCACAAGUUUGAAUGAAGUAAUAUCGGAAUUGAGGUAUUUGAAAA